CAUUAAAAAAAAAUAUAGUCACCAAUUACUUCAAAAUUUUAAACUUCAAUUAAAUAUUUCAUUGUCACUGAUCAAUAAUAUUUUACAAUUUCUUAUCAUUUUAUUAAUUUUACAUUUAUUUAAAAAUGGAAGAAUCUGAGUACACAGAUUACAAUAAAGACGAUGAAGAAGCGGAUACUCAAACUAAUACCCAACUGAUUACUGCGACUAGCGGAAUAAAUCAAAAAGGGGAAUAUUCAGAUGAAGAUAGUUUCCAACGAGAAUUAAUGGAUAAUUUAUUUAAAAGAUUUUUAGAGGCAGCCGAUAAACCGGAAGAUACUUUCACCGAAGGAGCGUGCCAAAAAAGUGCAACUUGGGGAUUUACAAUCACUCUGGAUGAAGAACCAUCGAUUAUCCCAGAAGAAAAAUCCACUCAGUUACCGUCAAGUUAUCCGUACGGGUGUGAUGAUAACUUAUAUUUUGAAAAAAGCGAAAGUGAAACUGAUCUUUCUGAUAUUGAUCUUGAAGAAACAGAAAUUACAGAAAGUUCUAUGUCUGGAUUAGAUACUACUGUUGUUCCAUUUAGUUUAAUGUGGACUUAUGGAAUGAAUACAAGAGUACCUUUUAUGAAUUUAACUGAAGGUGGUAUACACAAUGUAUUUUUUACAGCUAGUCAUGAAGCAGUUUUGUAUGAUUAUGUGAAAAAAGAAAUGAUUCUCCUUCAAGGACAUCAAAAUUCAAUUACAUCAGCUUCGAUGGAUUUAAAAGGAAAAUAUUUAGUAACCGCCGAUUCUGGUCCGGAAAAUAGCAUAAUAGUGUGGCGAAUGAGGAAAUAUAAACCUGUAUGCACAAUUUUUAACGCAAAUCCAGGAAGUGGGACAGCAAUUUUAACGAUGAGUCCAAACGGAAAAUACAUCGUUAGCGUAACCAGCGAUAUGCCAGCAAUUAUAAAAUUAUGGGUUUGGUCCAGCGGAUCAGAUCAACCCGUUGAUACUUAUUUAACAGAUCCAGCUUAUGGAAAACCAGUUGGGGUUGUUUUUAAUCGAACAGUACAAGAACGAUUUAUGGUUACGUUUAAAAGACAAAUCGUUUUUAUGAAAUACCAUCUUGUUAACAAAAGUUUUAUUGAACCGAGGAUCCCUGAAAUUCGCAAUAAAAACCGAUGGGGAAAAAUCACCGAUAGUUGUUAUUUAUUGGAAUGUCACGAAUGUUUCGCUUCGACUACGGAAGGUUACGUUUUAGUUUUGGGAAAUACUGUAUAUAAGAAAGAAUUCAAUAUUGACGAUGAGUACGAUGCUAGAAAAAUUUUUAUUACCGGUGUUAAAGUGACAGUGUUUCGAUUAAACACCAUUAGUUCGUCUGAUGGCGUUGUUGUUACUGGUGAUGCAAAAGGCAACAUUCGUUUUUACGAUCGUUACGUCCGCUUGUUGUACUGGUGUCAAAGCUUUCAAUUACCCGGUGUUCACAAGAUCAGUUUCAAUCGCGACCCGAGAAAUUAUUAUCUCGCCUCACCCAUUCAACGAACGCCUUCUGCUACAUUCGAAGGAAAAAUUAUGAUCGAUUAUAGCAAAGAUGAUAACGAUGUUAGCGAACAAUAUGAGAUUCUUUACAAAAAUAUGGUACCAUCGGAUGCAACCAUACAUCGGACGCCUUUUAUAGUGAGAGAUUUUAUUGUUGCAACCGCUGAUGGCAAUAUGGUUAAAAUCGAUUAUAUCAAUAACGAAGCUGAAGAGCUUUUACUUACUACGGAAACUCCGGUUGCUGGAAUUGAUGUUCAUUCUGAAAUGCCUUACUUAGCAAUAGCAUACAGAAAUGGUCGAGUCAGCCUUUAUAAUUACCUCAAUCACACGAUGAUUCACAGUUCGGUUCUUCCCCCGAUGAUAAUUGAUCCGAUCAUACCAGUUGAACCAAUACAAACACCUACAGAUGCUUCUACCAGUGCUGUUUAUGUGGCCCCACCUCCCGUUGAUGAAAAAAGUUCAGAUUAUUUAAUGUCCAAAAGUGUAACGUGUAUUAAAUUUUCCCCAAAAUGUUAUCACCUUGCUGUUGGUCGUGGAAAUGGUGAAAUUUUCUUUUUGGAGCCUGUAUUGUUACAUUCGAAACCGGGGUAUCCAAUAAGAAGGGGAACCCACAGAAUUAUGAAAUUAAUUUAUUCGUCGUGUUAUAAAUAUUUUGCUUACUUCGAUAAUAAUCGUACGGUUUUUUUGUUUUAUUAUGAUAUUGAGAAGGAUAUUUGGUUAAUGGUUGGGAAAAAUAGAGCUCAUACAAAGCAAAUAACCGAUUUGAUAUUUUCAACUCACACUCCAACGGAAUUAUAUUCAAUUGGACUUGAUAAAUGUUUGGUUAAAUAUGACAUUUCAAAUAGUAUUAACGAACUUGGUGUAGUUUAUAGAAAGAGGAUCGACCAAUCAGCAAAUCCUAAUUGCUUGGUUUUUUGUAAUACUCCUGAUACAACAACUCAGUUUUUAAUUGCGGAUGAUGAGUUUAAAUUAAAAAUUUUAUAUCCGGAUGAAAAACUAUAUCGGCAUGUUUUUCUUGGGCCAGCUUAUGGUUGUUAUAGUGAAGCCCCAAUUAAAAGCAUGUCAAUGUUACCUAAAUAUUCAGGCAAAUAUUUAAUAUUUGCAACCGAAAAGCACAUCGGGAUCCAAAAACUUCCCCCAGAUGGAAAUCCUUAUAAAUAUACAGGAACAGUUGGACACCCAUAUAAAAUACAACAAUACAUGAUUAGUUCGUGCGGAAAUUAUAUUUUCACAGCUGGAAGACACGAUGUUUGCGUAUUAAUGUGGCAAAUAAAUCCCGAAGCUGUCGAAAAUAUGGAAAUAGUUGGUGGGAAAGAAAUCAACCCAUAUUAUUGCUUAAUCGAAGGUGGAAGUCAAGGUUGGCUCUUCAAGGAAAUGCAAAAUCUUUUUUAUUACAUGCAAAUCCUUCAUCAGGGUGAAAACACCCAACUCCCUAGAAUUGUAUCUGAAAAUAUAGCAUUAACAGAACUCCCCGAUUUAAUGAGAGCUUGUGGAUUUUACCCAACAGAAUACGAAAUUGAGACGAUGCUAAAUGACGUUAAACAUCGCAAUACACAACGUGGUUUAUCAUUAACGGAAAUUUCAUUUCGCGAUUUUGUUAUUUUAUACAUAAAUCAUAGACCGGCCCAUGGAAUAUCGAUGAAGCGCCUCCAAAAAGCUUUCACGCAAAUUUGUAGCAAUAACGACGACAAAGAGAACGAAAUCGAUUCGGAUAUUUUCGAACAGGUUCUUUGUUCGAAAGGGGAAAGUUUUGCAAAGGACGCUUUGCAGCAAUGUUUGUCGAUAUUAAUGAGAUUCCAUCAAGAUGAAGAACAAACCGAAGAUUCUGCAAGUUAUGACUUGAAUUUACCGAGUUCGAUUAAUUUCGAUACUCUCGUUUAUGAUAUUUUAGGUAUCGAUAUGAAUAGAUCGCAGGGAUCAAGUUAAAAGUUUUAAUUUAUU